CUUCCGUCGCUUUCAAUCAACAGAAAGCGGAGGGUGGACAGGAGCGUUGAGAGAGAGUGCGAAUCUGGAGGCUUCCGCUUGAGAGAUCGAUCUGGUUUUCUUCUUCCUUUUGGGCAAGAGAGCAGAGGAGACGGCGGGAAAAAGGAGAAAGAGAAGGAAGAGGGGAGCUGGGGUUUUUUUUGAGAUAAAAACAGAGGGAGGAACGCGACGGAAAGAGGAGGGGAGCGCGGCCGGGAAAAGAGCGAUGGUUUUUCAGGUUUGGUGGCAGAGAAAAAACACAAGGCUUUUCUUAUUCGGGAGAGCUGGCAGAGACAAGAAAACAAAGGGGGGCGCGAGAGAAAAUAUAUUUGUUGAGAGCCAGUAGAGGAUAGAGUGAAAACAGAGAGGGAGGAGAGCGUGAUCUAAAUGCCGAAAACCAGAAGGGCCCUCUUGUUUCUCUAAAGAGGGAUUGUGAGAGUUUUGGUGUGUUCAUCAGUAAAAAAGAUCGAAGAAGAGGCGAAGGAAAGAUUUAGGUCCAAGCGUUUGCCGACUUUAGGGGCAAUUUUAAGUGUCUUAUACGAUGCAGCACGUUCCAACAACUAUUGAGGAACAAUUAAUACUGAAGGCAAUAAAGGAAGAAUGUUCAUGGGAGAAUCUACCUAAACGACUUCAAGCAACCCUUGGUUCCAAAGAGGAUUGGCACAGAAGGGUCACUGAACAUUGCAUUAAAAAAAGACUCCAAUGGAACACAUGUUUUGUUCGCAAAGUGUGCAAAGAAGGUCCUCUGCAGUUUACUCUGUUAAGUUCUUACUUGCAGCUGUUUCCUUAUCAUCUUGCGGAGUAUGUUUGCCGUGUAAUGAGGAUAUCGCCUUUCAGAUAUUACUGUGAUAUGAUAUUUGAGGUUAUGAAAAGUGAGCAACCUUAUGACAGCAUUCCGAAUUUCAGUGCUGCAGAUGCAUUUCGGCUUACAGGGAUAGGAAGAAACGAAUUUAUUGACAUCAUGAACAAAUGUAGAUCUAAGAAAAUCAUGUGGAAGCUAAAUAAGUCGAUCGCGAAAGAGCUAUUACCUAUCCAACCUGUGGACUUUCCCAUUGAGCCAUGGUGGGGAGUUUGUCUUGUCAACUUCACCAUAGAAGAAUUUAAGAAACUCUCAGAGGAAGAAAUGGCAACAAUAGACAAGGUAUGCAAGGAGGAAGCUAAUGCGUAUGUCCUGUUUGAUCCUGACAUCAUAAAGGGUCUUUAUCGACGGGGAUUGAUAUAUUUUGAUGUCCCUGUCUAUCCUGAUGACCGCUUCAAAGUUUCAAGGCUUGAAGGGUUCAUUUCCAACAGAGAGCAGACUUAUGAAGAUCCUAUUGAGGAGUUAUUGUAUGCAGUUUUUGUUGUUUCAAACGAAAAUUCAACUGUUGCUGAACUGGCAUCAACUUUACAAGCUGAUCUUACUCAGUUACAGGCAGCUGCAUCAUUUGUUUGCCGAUUGGGUUGGGCAGUGAAAGUAAUUGAUCCGUCGUCUGUUCUUCAGGAUAAAAAUAUGCCUGGCUCUCCACGAGCCACCCUCAGUGAUGAAGAAGAUUCUAGUAUGGGAUCAAAUGCAUUUGCUGAUGGUGAUGCUGCUCAAAAUGAGGAUAAUUUGGUGACUGAAAGCUAUGGACCACAUCCUGGCCAGGCUAGGGUUGCUUUUGUCGUUGAUGCUAAUAUAACAUCAUAUCUCAUGAUGGGAUCCGUUUCACCAGGCUUGAAAUCUCAUGCUGUAACGCUGUAUGAAGCGGGAAAACUUGGUCAUGCCAGCAUUGCAGAUCUUUGCAAGGAUUUGAGCACUUUGGAAGGAGCAAAAUUUGAGGGAGAACUACAGGAAUUUGCAAACCAUGCAUUUAGCCUCCGUUGUAUUCUUGAAUGUUUGUUGUCAGGUGGAGUUGCUAUCAAUGAUGGAAGUGUUGAAGAUAAGAUGAAUACAGUGUCUUCAAGCAACAAUGAGACCAUUUCUCUGAUAACAGAUGUUGCUCAAACAGAAGAACAUGGAAAGUCUAUUGGUGAUGAAGCUAUUCAGAAUGAGGAUGAGUCAAUGAGUUUGGAGAUCCCUCAGAAUGGUUCUGCUCCGAUUGAACCUGCUUAUGGGGGUACCAAUGAUGAGACAUUUAGAAACAGCCAGUCUGAAAAUAGUAAUUUGUUAAAUGAGGCCUCUAAAUCUGACUCAAGCUUGCAGAGCAAUGAGAAAUCAAUACCAGUUGAAGGAUCUGAUAUUGGGAGAGUGAACUUAAGGAAGAAAAAGAAAUAUCGUGUGGAUCUUCUCAGAUGUGAAAGCUUGGCUUCUCUUGCCCCAACAACCUUAGAUCGUUUGUUUCAUCGUGACUAUGAUAUUGUUGUGUCUAUGAUACCUCUUCCCCAUUCAUCUGUUCUUCCUGGACCAACGGGCCCCAUUCAUUUUGGUCCUCCAUCUCAUUCAUCAAUGACACAGUGGAUGAAGUUGGUAAUGUACUCAACUGUUCGUGCUGGGCCUUUAUCAGUUGUUCUAAUGAAAGGACAGUGUCUAAGACUGCUUCCUGCACCACUUGCUGGCUGUGAGAAAGCCCUAAUAUGGUCUUGGGAUGGUUCUGCAAUUGGAGGAUUAGGAGGCAAGUUUGAAGGCAAUUUAGUAAAGGGAAGUAUACUAUUACAUUGUUUAAAUUCACUUCUUAAAUACUCAGCUGUCCUGGUACAGCCCCUUAGCAAAUAUGACCUCGAUGAUUCUGGUAGAAUUGUUACUGUGGAUAUACCAUUGCCCCUAAAGAACUCGAACGGUUCAAUUUUACAGUUGGGGGAUGAAUUAGGACUACCUAAAGGGGAGAAGGUGAAAAUGAAUUCUUUGUUAACUGAGUUGGCAAACAAGAUGGAGCUGUGGACAAUUGGCUAUAUUCGUUUCUUAAAACUUUUCAAAGAAAGAGAAUCAGGCUAUUUUUCAUCUGAUGAUGACAAGUACGAAUGGGUCCCGCUAAGUGUAGAAUUUGGGAUACCGCUCUUUAGUCCAAAAUUGUGUAACGACAUAUGUAAAAGGAUGGUUUCAUCACAGUUACUUCAAGCAGAUUUCCUUAGUGAACAUCAUGACGCAAUGCAAUGCUUACGGAAAAGGUUGCGGGAUAUUUGUUUACAGUACCAAGCAACAGGUCCCACUGCCAAACUUCUUUACCAGAAAGAGCAAUCAAAGGACUCAUCUCGGCAGCUAGUGAAGUAUGCUAGUGGAAGAUGGAAUCCGCUUGUGGACCCUUCUUCUCCCAUUUCAGGAGCACUUAGUGAUCAUCAGCGUUUGAAGCUUGCUAAUAGACAGCGCUGCCGUACUGAAGUUUUGAGCUUUGAUGGGAGCAUUCUUAGAUCAUAUGCUUUAACACCUGUAUAUGAGGCUGCCACUAGGCCCAUUGAGGAAGCUGCCUCAGUGAGUACAACGAAGAUUGAUCCUGAUGAACCUGACAGCCGAGAAGUUACCCUUCCUGGUGUUAAUCUGCUUUUUGAUGGUUCUGAGUUGCAUCCCUUUGAUAUCAGUGCUUGCCUGCAGGCUCGUCAACCAAUUUCCUUAAUAGCAGAGGCUGCAGCAUCCUCUGCAUCUGCUGCUAUUAGAUAGAGCUUCCAGGAACUUGCUUCAGUGGUGUGAAAGGACUUUCUCUCAGUACUCCAAAUAGCAGUCGCUAGUUAGUAAAAGGCUUGUUGCCACGACUAUUCUGCUUGCUUUCUUAAUCUUUGUGGUCAAUUGAAAGGAAGAUUGCUGAUGUCUAAGCGCAGGUGGCAUUUUGGAGUGUACAAGGUUUCUGAUGAAUGUGUUUCUCCAGGUUAGUAUGUAAUGAAAAGUAAAAAUAAUUUUUGGGGAUGAUAAUUUGAUGUGAAAAACAGUUUUGAUCCCCAUAUUCUUUGUUUAGCGAGAAGAGGACAAAACUCAUUCUGGCAUGUGAUACAUGAGGAGCCAGUUGAGACCGAAAUAAAAAAGAAGAAAAAGAAAAAAAAAUGUAUGGUGUAAAAUGAGAUGUUUAUUCUUCCAAAUUUCUGAUUUAUAUGUUAGUUCAGAUGUAAUUGGCAAUUGAUGUAAUUGCCUUGAUUGUUAUUUGAAAAAAUGAAUAGUAAUAUUUGUAUCACAAGCUAUGUUCAUCUUUCUUUC